AUGUCUCAACCUCAAGAAGGCUCUUCUUCUUCCACAGAAUUGUUGUGCUCCUCCUCCGGUUCACCUCUCUUAUUGCAACAUGAAAAGAUUAUUAUUAUUGAUUUCGGAUCACAGUAUACUCAACUCAUUGCAAGAAAAAUUCGUGAAUUGAAUGUUUAUUCGGAAAUUUAUCCUUUUGAUAAAUUGGAAAGUCAUGUCAAGUCGGAAAAGAAGAAUUUGGAUGCGUUUUUUGAGAAAGUGAGAGGAGUGAUUUUGUCGGGAUCUCAUCAUUCAGUAGAUGAUGAAAAUUCUCCACGGGUUUAUGAACAAGUUUGGAAAUAUAUUGAAGAAAGAUCUGUGCCAGUAUUGGGAAUUUGUUUUGGUGCUCAAUUGUUGGCUUAUUUACACGGAGAGAAGGUUGUUUCUGCAGUGGUCAGAGAAUAUGGACGUGCUCACUUACAUGUCACUGAUCCUGAAUGUGAAUUAUUUAAAGGACAUGAAUGGAGUGACAAAAUCGAUCAAUCACAAAUUUGGAUGUCCCAUGGUGACACCAUUUUCAUUGAAAAUGAGCCAUCUUCAUCACAAUUACAAGUCGUUGCUAAAACCAGCUCCAUUCCAGUGGCUGCAUUCAAAAUCAAGUCCAAGAAUAUGUUCGGAGUUCAAUUCCACCCGGAGGUUCAUCACUCUGUCUAUGGCAGUGUCAUUUUACGAAACUUUUUAGUGAAUGCUUGUGGAUGCAAACUUGAGUGGACAUCUGCUCAUUUCAUUGAUGAAUCUGUUCAAAAUUUGAAAUCAAUCAUUGGUGACAGUGAUCAUGUCGUGAUGGCAUUGAGUGGAGGUGUUGAUUCGACAGUAGCAGCUGUCUUAUUGAAUGAAUUCGAACAAGUUUUACAAACUUAUAAGGAGAAUUUACAUCUCAAUGUAAAAGGUGUUGAUGCUUCCAAAGUAUUCUAUGAAGCUUUGAAGGAUGUCACAGAUCCAGAGAAAAAACGAAAAAUUAUUGGAGGCAAAUUUAUUGAAGUAUUUGAGAAAGAAGCUCAUCAAAUUAGUGGUGUGAAAUAUUUGGGCCAAGGAACCAUUUAUCCUGAUGUGGUUGAAUCCAUUGGAGGAUCCACGAUUAAGAGUCAUCAUAAUGUGGGAGGUCUACCUGAAAAGAUGAAUAUUAAGGUGGUGGAACCAUUGAGAUUGUUAUUUAAAGAUGAAGUUCGUAGAGUUGGAAAAGAACUCGGCAUUCCUGAAUCUAUUCUUAAUCGACAUCCUUUUCCUGGCCCAGGACUUGCCAUUCGAAUUUUAGGAGACAUUACUGCUGAAAAGGUGGCUCUUUUGCAAAAAGUGGACCAUAUUUAUAUCACUGCAUUGAAAGAUGAAGGAUUGUAUGAUCAAAUUUGGCAAGCUGGAGCAAUUCUGCUUCCUGUUCAAAGUGUCGGUGUUCAAGGUGACAGUAGAACCUACGAAAAAGUGGUCGCUUUGAGAGCAGUGACUUCUGUGGAUGGAAUGACUGCUGAUAUUUUCCACUUUCCGUCAUGGAAAUUCCUUGGUAAAGUGUCCAACAAAAUUAUUAACGAGGUGAGAGGAGUGAACCGAGUUGUGUACGAUAUUAGUACCAAGCCUCCGUCAACUAUUGAAUGGGAAUAG